AUGGCCGCCACAUCACGCGACCCGGAAAAGGAUUCGUUUCCGCCAGAGGACAGUCGUAGUCGCAGCGAUGAGCAGAGUCAAUCGAGCGACAGCGACGAGGACGAAAUCACCGAGAUUGGCCGGGAUGGGGACAGGGCCCGUCCGUCCCCGGGCACCGAGCCGGACGGCGGGGAUCCAUCAGCCGCAGCGAGAACGCGGUCUCGGGCCUCCUCCACCCGCUCCCGCGCCCUCUCCAUCGUUGCCAGAUCCAAGAGACGUGGGCUUUUUGCGCAGUUGGCCGCCAUCCCGGAAGUGGAUAAUCCAUAUAAUUAUACCAACAAGACGAAAUGGACAAUCACGUUGAUCAUCGCUCUUGCCGCCGCCGUUUCUCCUAUGGGAUCAUCCAUCUUUUACCCCGCUCUGACGGAGAUGGCCAAGGAAUUCGGUGUCUCAACUACCAUUACGAACUUGUCUGUAGCGUUCUACAUGCUGGCGAUGGCAAUCUUCCCGUUGUGGUGGUCGUCCUUUUCAGAGACCUUGGGUCGCCGGUCCAUCUACCUGUUGUCGUUUACCCUCUUCGUUGUGUUCUCUAUCCUCAGCGCCGUGAGUGUGAAUAUCAGCAUGCUCAUCGUAAUGCGCCUCCUCGCCGGCGGUGCAAGCGCAAGUGUCCAGGCUGUCGGAGCCGGUACUAUCGCAGACAUCUGGGAGCCACGCGAAAGAGGCCGUGCCAUGAGUAUCUUUUAUCUUGGUCCGCUGACUGGGCCCCUGCUGGCUCCCAUCAUUGGCGGAGCAUUAUCACAGCGCUUCGGCUGGCAGUCAACAAUGUGGGCGCUGGCCAUCUACGGCGGCCUAGUCCUCGUCAUGAUCCUCUUCUGCCUUCCCGAGACCCUGGCGCGCCCUAAGCCGCCGGCCCCGGCGCGCGCCGCAUCCGAAGGCGAGAAGAUUGCACUAUCCCGGACGAAGACGGCCGAGUCGGUCAAGGUGCACUCCAAGAAGGCAGCGGCGCUGCUCAAGAAGUCCUUCGUCGACCCUCUUUCAGUGUUGCUCUACCUCCGCUUCCCGCCCGUCGCCAUCACCGUCUUCUUCGCCGCCAUCACCUUCGGUGCCCUCUUCGUAGUCAACAUCUCAGUGCAGGCUACACUCUCGCAGGCGCCGUACGGCUUCAGCGAGCUCAUUGUCGGCUUGUUCUACUUCCCUGCGGGGCUGGGAUACUUCAUGGCCUCGCUGCUCGGCGGCCGCUGGCUUGACGUCAUCAUGGCGAGGGAGGCCAAGAAGGCUGGUCGCUACGACGCCAACGGCAAGUUGAUCUUGCUUCCGGAGGACAGGAUGCGCGAAAAUAUCUGGAUCGCUGCGACGGUGUACCCUGCAUCGCUGAUUUACUACGGCUGGGUGGUUGAGAAGGGCCUUUUCUGGUUCGUGCCGUGUAUCGGUCUUUUCACGUUUGGAGCCAGCUCCAUGCUCGUCUUGUACGUUUCCCCGUCCCCCGAUUUCUCUUUGGCAGUCGUCUACGGCAGGCUUCUGCCGGCUCUGCUUUCUUAUCAUCACUCGGGCUCGGCUAACAUCGCUUCCUGCAGUGGCGCCGCCACCACCAUGCUAACGGAAUUCCUGCCGAAGCGGAGCUCGGGCGGCGUGGCGGUCAACAACUUUGUGAGAAACAUCUUCAGUUGUAUUGGUGCGAUUGCUGCACAACCCGUUAUCAACGCCAUUGGGAACGGGUGGCUGUUUACGAUUCUGGGCAUUUUCACGUGGAUUUCGGGGUACAUCUGCGUCUGGACCUUGAGGAGAAACGCUCCCAAGUGGAGGAAGAGCAUGGAUAAGGCCUUGAGUAGUUAA